AUGGCCGAUCAAGACUACCCACCGGAGAUGAUAACCUUCGUUCUUUAUCGAUACGCUCCUUCAAUCCCUGCAGUAGCGGUUUCUGGCGCUGUUUUUCUGGCGCUGGCUGUGCUCCAUGGAAUCAUCAUCGUUCGCUUUCGAGCAAUGUUUUUCGGCGCAUUCUUCAUUGGUCUUCUGCUCGAGGCAGCAGGCUAUUUCGCCAGAAUCUUCUCUCAUUUUGACACCACAGCCUUGGGGUCCUACAUCGUUCAGACAAUGCUCAUCCUUGUCGCUCCGCCUCUGUUCGCAGCCUCGAUCUACAUGACUUUGGGGCGACUGAUUGUCCGGCUUGGUGCCGAGAAAGAAUCGCUCAUUCCUGUCAAAUACCUUACCAAAAUUUUCGUUGCCGGAGAUGUGAUUUCAUUCGUUCUGCAGUGUGGUGGCGGCGGAUAUAUGGCAGCUGGCUCUCUGGAAGCCAUGCAGAAUGGCGAAACCAUUGUCAUCACAAGUCUCGCUGUGCAGCUUUUCAUCUUUGGUGUUUUUGUCAUCGUUGCCGCUGUAUUCCACUACCGUUACAUGCUCUAUGCCAUGCAUGCUGCAUGCCUCUUGAUUUUCGUCCGAUCGAUCUUCCGUGUCGCUGAGUUUGUGCAGGGUAACGCAGGCUAUAUCAUGGAGCGGGAGUAUCUGUUGUAUGUCUUAGAUGCGAUCCUCAUGGCUCUGCAGGCGGUCUUUCUGCUGCUGGUGUAUCCUGGGAAAGUGCUGAAUGAGAUCAAAGGUGGAGGUCACGCCCGAUAA